AUGCCAAAAGCACGAGACCAAAGAGAUUAUUGUAUCGAAUGUGAAGAAACGAUUUGGAAUCAGCAGAAACAAGCACAUGAUCAAACAAAACAGGCAGUACAAUUGACAGACAAAAUUACGGAAAUUCGAUAUAUUAUGAGAUUGAAAGGGACCAAAAAGAAUUUUAUUUUACGAAAAAUCAGACGAAUUUUAAUGGCAAAUGUGAAACUUGUAAAAGAAACGAUAGCAAAAUACUUUACAAGUCAAGAGAUAAAAGUUGUUACAUUAAUCAGGCAAACAAGAAAAUUAGACUGUCUAAAAGAACAAGAAAAUUUAAUCCGUCUAAAAGUUCAAAAAAAUGGUCUUUCUAAAAGUACAAUAGAUUAUCUAAAAGAACAAGAAAAUUUAGUUCUAUCUAAAGAACAAGAAAAUUGUUCUGUCCAAAAGAACAAGAAAAUUAGAUUUUUUUGGUCAUUCGCUUGGGAAGAGGCAACCUUUACAGUCUCAAGCUUUUUGGAAAGCAGUCGGUUGAGUUGCCUUAUUUUAUGGUUCUUUUAUAGAUUUUGGGAAAAAGGAAGGAAAAACAUCAAAUCAGAUAUUAAGAUUUCGAAUGCGAUUUUACGGGACAAAGUUGGGACAUUUGGACAUAUUAGGAAACAUAAUAGGAAUGAGCUUAGAAAACUUGAUUCAUUUAGGAAGGAAAUACAUUUAUACGAUUAUAAGGUAGUUCCUUAA